UCGUUUCUGUCAGCUGUCACUUGAACGCUCGUCGUCGGCGUGAGUUUGUCCGGUUUUUCUCCGCACUUUAUUUACAAUUUUAUUUGAAAGUUUUCCACUUUAUUAUUGUUUAUAUUUAUACACACAUAUAUAUUUAUAUUUUAAAUACCAUUAAACUCUCUGUGUACGAUGAUUCGAAGUGCUCUCGCGUUUAGAGAUAUCCUGGAGGAUAGACGGAAUGAGUGCAGCAAUUUCUUAUGGGUCUCUAGAGUCCUGAGCCCUUAUGCGCCUUGCAAAGAGUACAGCAAGAUCGGACCAAAACAGCACAAAAUGCUCGUGCUGAAAAGCAGGAAGAUCCAGGAUCUGAUCGAUGAGAUAAGCUUCAAAAGCGAAUUACCGCCGAAAGACGUCGAGCGUCGUGUCAAAAUAAUUCUUGAUGAAAUCGGCUUCAACAAACAUACAUCAACCAUCAGGUGGCUGGGAUUGUUCUUAACGAAGGUUUGUUGUCGAGUUUGUCGUGGAAUCUACUUCAACACAGACGGCAUAGAUCAGUUACGACGUCACAUGGAUGGUGGAAUACCUGUGAUUUAUGUGCCGAGUCAUCGAAGCUAUGCAGACUUUAUCUUGAUGUCUUACCUUCUUUUCACAUUAAACAUCGAGAUUCCGGCGAUUGCAGCUGGCAUGGAUUUUCACGGCAUGAAGGGUAUGGGUACCGUUCUGCGAAAUACGGGCGCAUUUUUCAUGCGACGCUCCUACAACGAUGACAACCUGUACUGGGAUACAUUCCGGCAGUAUGUGCAUCAAUUGGUGACCAAAAAUUCUGCGGGUAUCGAGUUCUUCAUCGAAGGCACUCGGAGUCGCAGCUGUAAAUCGUUACCCCCGAAGUUCGGUUUAUUGACUAUGAUACUGAGAGCCUUUCUGACUGGAGAAGUGCCCGAUAUACUUUUCGUGCCAAUCAACAUCAGUUACGAUCGCGUUAUGGAGGAGCGCCUUUUCGCGUACGAAUUGCUCGGUGUUCCGAAACCAAAGGAAAGCACUUCAGGAUUUUUCAAAUCGCUUAGCAUGGUUAACGAGAAGUACGGCAGCAUCUAUAUAGACGUAGGCUCACCGAUAUCUGUUAAAGAUUUUUUUGGCUCCAGGCUGGAUAAAACUAAAAAUCAUCUAAUCCCACAGCAUUUGCAAAUUUUGGGGCCGUACGAGAAGAAAGAAAUCUCCAGUUUUGCUGAGCACAUUGUAAAUGCCCAACAGCAUCUGACUGUCUUGUCUGCUUUCAAUCUGAUUGCUACUGUAUUGAACAAUAAUCUGUUAAUGAGGAAGAAUAUUUUGAGACUCGAUGAAUUGGUGACGGACGUGAUGUGGAUAAGAAAUAUUUUAGAUAAAUUUGGUGCUUUGUCCAAUUUGAAAUAUCCGCGAGAAAACAUUAUGGACGCUCUCGAUGUACACAAAAACCUGGUUCAGAUGGAUGACGAAUCAAAUAUAACUUUGGUUCAGGACUCGGUAAUCCUUGCCGACGGUACCAAGUUUAAGGCGCACGCCCUCUCCGAUGCCACUAUGACACUGGCAGUACCAUUCGUGAUGCUUCAAAUCUACGUCAAUCCCGUUCUAUAUUACACGAUCAACCAAUCAAUUCUGGUCACCAUCAUCAAGAACUACGAAACGCACCUUGUAUCCAAAGAUAGAUUAUAUGAUGAUUACGUUUUUCUGCGAUCUCUGAUGUCCAAUGAAUUUGUAUUAUUCGAAUAUAAUAAUAAAAAAGAUUUUUGGAAAUCUCUAGAAUCUUGCGUGGAUUUAGAGGCAAUAUCAAAAUUGGACGAGACGACCUACGGAAUUGGUAAGAACGAGAAAAUACAGGACCUUUUUGCCAACCUACUGAUGCCAUUCAUACAAACAUACUAUUUAGUUUGUAUCGUGAUAAACAAUGUGAAUAUUGAUUCUUGCCCGGAAAAGAGAAUAUUGCGAGAUUCGCAGGAGCGGAUAGAGCGUAUAGCUAAUUCAAAACCCAACCAAUUUGUGCAUCCUUAUACACUGAAUCUAGAUAGUAUUGGCCACUGUUUGAGCAUUCUAGUCAAAAUGAAUAUUCUAUAUAGAGAAAGAGUUAAAGGAGAAAUGAUGUAUAAUACAAAACCAAAUGUAAUGCUAGUCAAUAUGAUUCGAAAUAUGGAGAAAUACGUGCCACUGAAAGAAGAUCUUCAGUUGACCAGUUUUAAGAAUAAAUUAUAAAUAUGGUGCUUAUUUAUUUCUUUUUUUAUAUAUACUUUUAUUAUUUUAAUUAAAGUACAUUACGAUGAUAUUAGUAUAAUAGCAUCAUGCCUUUCUUUUUAGUAUUACUUUGAUAUUUAGUUUCUAUUAGCACUAUUCAUUUUUGUUACAAAAUAACACAGUAGCGCAUCAUGACUUUGUGAGGCCCCAUAUUGACCCUACUAAGAAAAUCAUAACGUAUUUUUUUUUUCAUAAAAAGUUGCGCCCGUCUAACAUAAUCAUGAAAUACAACACAAUUUUAUUGGU